GAGCGGUGCGUGUGAGCCGGGGCGUGUGUGCGCGCAGUCCGCGCUCUGAGUGUGGCCGCCGGGACCCAGCAGCCCGCCGCCCGCCCGGUGUCCCUCCUUCCCAGCUCCUCAGCCUCUUCACCGGGCUUCCCAUCACCCGCCCCUCGCCGGUUGCGGCCUCCACUCAAAGUUUCCUCGGCAGAGACGCCUGGGCGCAGCGGCUGGAACCAAGAUACCGCGGUGGAGGGCGGUCCUCGGCGUGGCUCCGCUGCCAGCACCUGCUCCGCACCCAAGCCGCCCGAGCGCAGGUUUUCCCACUUGGCGGGGAGAAGGGGGAGGGGUAUGGUGGCGAGAGACAGAGAGGAGCCCAGGUUCCUGACACCCUGAAAACCCUACAGGGUUUGGCUGCCCAAGGCAUUGGUGGGGUCACAGAAGAAAACUGGAUCCGCAGCCAAGUUGCCUGAGCAGGGACAGGGGAGGCUUCCACUGCCGCCAAGGUUGUCCCCGUCUCGGUCGCCACAGGCGUGAGGGUUUGGAGACGCCUCGGCUGCCAGGGCUUUAGAACCUACAUUCCCUCCCUGGCCCCUUUGAAAGGAAACGCCGACCAAGCUGAGACAGGGGGACGCCUGGAAAAAGACCCCGGACUCCUGUGCGCUUCAUCCACCUUGGCUUUGGAUUUUAAGGACACGAAGGGGCAUGAGCAGCCUCUCAAGGAUAUACUGAGGAUGCUUUCAAGAUGUAGAAUCCAUAUAUGUGAAGUAUCCCAAAUGAAGUGGAAGAAUCUGUGUUGACAAUACUUCUUGUUGUGGAAUUGAAGAGUGACAUGGGAAGACAGCAUCAUGAGCUCCUGGGGCUUCUAAGCUGUUCUGUGGAUUUUUAAGUGUAUAAGCAUAGUAAGAGAAUUAUUUUUAAAAAAGCGUCUAAGAUAAAGAGCACAGGUGGCCACCACCAGCAUGAGGAGCCCACUUCAAACUGAUGAAGUAAAAGAAGCAAAAUGCAGCAUUCAAGGCAUGUUUCAAGAAGUUGGCUUGUGGGACUUUGAGAGAUGCUGCUAUCUGUGACAUGCUGGAAGUAUCAUGAUCAACUACUCAGUUUGGAUUUCACCCAGUGGCCAUGAGUUUUGUGUGGUAGACAGCAGGGGUUGGAUUUUUAAAAAAGAGCAAACCAGGUAAAUUUUUAAAAAAAGUCAUUUCUGAGACCUGGUGAUGGUUCAGUGGAUAAAAGAGCUUGCCCUGAGAACAAGAAGACCUGAAUUCGAAUUGCCAGCACCUACCACACCACCACCACUAUUAUUUCUUCCUUCUACACACUUCUCUUAAAAGGCAACCAACGUACAGUAAUCAGCUUUAGAUUACCGGAAGCCAGCUGCUGAUGCUGAGAAGUACUGCAAAAUUGAAUUCAUACAAUAAAUCCUUAGAUGCCCUCACCACUGCCUAAACCAAGAGAAAGGAAGUUGUUUUGCUAGGCCCAUAACCAAGGUGUAGACUAAGAAGGGAGUCAUGCUUCACACGGCCGUACCAUGCUGGCAGCCAUUCCUGGGUCUGGCUAUAGUGUUACUCUUCAUGGGAUCCACCAUCGGCUGUCCUGCUCGCUGUGAGUGCUCUGCCCAGAACAAAUCUGUUAGCUGCCACAGAAGACGUUUGAUUGCCAUCCCAGAAGGUAUUCCCAUUGAGACUAAAAUCUUGGACCUCAGCAAAAACAGGUUAAAAAGCAUAAACCCUGAAGAAUUCAUAUCAUACCCUCUCCUGGAGGAGAUAGACUUGAGUGACAACAUCAUCGCCAAUGUGGAGCCUGGAGCGUUUAACAACCUCUUUAACCUGCGUUCCCUCCGCCUGAAAGGCAAUCGCCUUAAGUUGGUACCAUUGGGAGUAUUCACUGGACUGUCCAACCUCACCAAGCUUGACAUUAGUGAGAAUAAGAUUGUCAUUUUGCUGGACUACAUGUUCCAGGAUCUACAUAACCUGAAGUCUCUGGAAGUGGGGGACAAUGAUUUGGUUUAUAUAUCACACAGGGCCUUCAGCGGACUACUUAGCUUGGAACAGCUCACCCUGGAGAAGUGCAACUUAACAGCAGUACCAACAGAAGCCCUUUCCCAUCUCCGCAGCCUCAUCACCCUGCAUCUGAAGCAUCUUAACAUCAACAAUAUGCCUGUGUAUGCCUUUAAAAGAUUGUUCCACCUGAAACACCUAGAGAUUGACUAUUGGCCUUUGCUAGAUAUGAUGCCGGCCAAUAGCCUCUAUGGCCUCAACCUCACAUCCCUUUCCAUCACUAACACCAACCUGUCCACUGUCCCAUUCCUUGCCUUUAAACACCUGGUCUACCUGACCCACCUUAACCUCUCCUACAAUCCCAUCAGCACUAUUGAAGCAGGCAUGUUCUCUGACCUGAUCCGCCUACAGGAACUUCAUAUAGUGGGGGCCCAGCUCCGCACCAUUGAGCCUCACUCCUUCCAAGGGCUCCGCUUCCUCCGUGUGCUCAAUGUGUCUCAGAACCUGCUGGAAACAUUGGAAGAGAAUGUUUUCUCCUCCCCUAGGGCUUUGGAGGUCCUGAGCAUUAACAACAACCCACUAGCCUGCGACUGCCGACUCCUCUGGCUCCUACAACGACAGCCCACCCUACAGUUUGGGGGCCAGCAGCCCAUGUGUGCCGGGCCAGACACCAUCCGUGAGAGGUCAUUUAAGGAUUUCCAUAGCACUGCACUUUCUUUUUACUUUACCUGCAAAAAGCCCAAAAUCCGUGAAAAGAAGUUACAGCAUCUACUAGUGGAUGAAGGACAGACGGUUCAGCUGGAGUGCAACGCCGAUGGAGACCCACAGCCAGUGAUUUCCUGGGUGACACCCCGAAGGCGUUUUAUCACCGCCAAGUCCAAUGGAAGGGCCACUGUGUUGGGUGAUGGCACCUUGGAAAUCCGUUUUGCCCAGGAUCAAGACAGUGGCAUGUAUGUUUGCAUUGCUAGCAAUGCUGCUGGGAAUGACAGCUUCACCGCCUCUCUCACCGUAAAGGGAUUCACUUCAGACCGCUUCCUUUACGCAAACAGGACCCCUAUGUAUAUGACCGACUCCAAUGACACCGUUUCCAAUGGCACUAAUGCCAAUACUUUUUCUCUGGACCUUAAAACAAUACUGGUAUCUACAGCCAUGGGCUGUUUCACAUUCCUGGGAGUGGUUUUAUUUUGUUUUCUCCUUCUUUUUGUGUGGAGCCGAGGGAAAGGCAAACACAAAAACAGCAUUGACCUUGAGUAUGUGCCCCGAAAAAACAAUGGUGCUGUUGUGGAAGGGGAGGUGGCUGGACCCAGGAGGUUCAACAUGAAAAUGAUAUAAGGGCCCACCACACACACUACUGUCUCUGUGUCACUGUUGGUAAUGAGUAAGACAUCUGACAUAGUGAAUCCCAAGGUUAUCAGGCAGCUUCCUGUGGUUGUCCCUGUGUCAAAGAAGGGUCCAUGGAAGCAGGAAGACUUCUCAUGGAGACUGGCCGAUUAGAGGCAGGCAGGCAUGUGUCAGAGCCCUUCACACAAUGGGAUACUAAUUGUUUGCAUUGCAAAUAUUGGCAUUCUGGGGAUCUCAGUAAUGAACCUGAACCUUUGGCUCAUGCUGAUGGACAACAAUUCAACAUUUUCUACCACUGCAAAAACAAAAGAAAAAAAAUAAAAAAGAACAACCUACAGUGUAGGAUUUACAUAUUAAAAAGACACAUUUGUCUAAAACAUACUCUACAGUAAAAUUUGUAUUUAUUAUUAUCAUUUGUUAAAACCUUGCAUCAUACAAUACUGUUGGUUCAGCACCAAAAAAAGAUCAAUAUAUUCUUUUUUUUUUGAAACAUAUAUGCUGUAUAUGUUUUAAAGCAAUAUGAAUGAGAGGUUGUGCUUUUAGUUACUCACCAGUAUAGAUCCAAGUGUGAUUUCCCCUUCCUUUUAACCACCGAUAAACCUGAGAACAGAUCCCUGGGGUAACAGGCAGAGAUGUGUUGAGAUGUGUAUGUCCGAUGUAGGAUGCCAAGAAACAGGACCCAAGUCAAAACUGCUCAACUCUGUUAACUUCUGUUACUAUAAAUAAAGGCAUGUGCCUAGUUUUGAUACAGAAUGGAAUAUUUUUUAUACGUACACUACCAACCUGGACCAGUUUACUGUAACAGAAGCCUUUGGGUUUCUCUGGAAGGAGGUAUAUCGCUAGAUGUACCCGUAAAAUGCAAGGUAGGUGUCAUUCAUAAAAGUAAUCCAUUUAGCCGGCCCUUAGUUCUGCUCUCACUAGUCACUGCUCAUGGGUUAAUGACAAAUGGAAAAGGAAGUCAUGAUUAUGUAUAAUUAUUUGGCAAUGUUCAUCAGUAGCUGAUAUCAAAAAUUCUUCUGUCCAAAAGCUCUCAGAAUAAGGAGUUUUCAGAAGUCAAUAAAAAAAAGCAGGGUGAUCUGAGCAUAUCAUGACAGUGAUGCAGCCAAUGAUCUUUUUCAAAUGGGACAGCUGUCUGCCAGAUGUCUAGAAGUCAAAGGGAACACACAGCACAUGACACUCCCAAUUUCUCAAUUCAAGUACUGCAUACAUAGUAUGACCACAAUUAGAUAACUUCAGGAUGUUUCCCUGCUUCUUAAUCAAGACUUUUAGUUUCAUAUUGAAAACUGUGUUGCAUAGAUAAGAGGAACCUGUUUUGUGUAAAGUAGUGAAAGAAAAACCUGUGUAGAUUUAAAAAAUAAGAUUUUGUUCUUUCACUGGGGAAAAACUAAGGUUAUAGUUCCACAAAUAUAUAAUGUUGUGUUGAUUCUUUCACUUUCUUGACCUGAGCAUAUUUAUCCAAUUUAGUUGGUGUUAAUGUUACCACUAAAAAAAAAAAUAGCAUUAAUAUCAUCAGUGACCUGGUUUAAGGAAGCAUAAUUCCAUGUGGCUGAGUCCUGAAUAACUUUCAAAGAGUAUAUUCACAUGCCCUGAAAAACUAUUGGAUGCAGAUUGUAUCCUGAAAUGAUAUGUAUUUAAUCAGCAUACACGUAGUUUCUACAUCUUUUCCAUUUUGAAAGGAUCUGGAGAAAGUUCCUUUGGGAUACUUUAUAAGAUAUGUAGAAGGAUUCUGGGAUUCCCUUCUUUAGUGUUAUGGGUAUGACUCUCAAAGAUGUAACUUCUUUAAAAGUUUGAAAAUAUGAAGAACUUUAAAAACUGAAAAAAAUGAAGAAUUAUUAAAUUGGCUUCAAUUUCUAAAAGGCUCACAGAUUAUUUUGCAAAGUAGGUGGACAAUACAUAUAUACCCAUUUCUCCUUUACCAGGGGUAGAAACUGAGAUUUUAAAAAAAAUUGAAUAAUUGCCUGUUUUAGUUACACUUCAUUUAGCAAUCCUGAUGAUUAUCACAAAUAUUUGAGAAAUCAAUUUUCCAUUUAUGGACUUAUUCAUAUCUAACAAUUUGUGUCAACCUAUGCUAAAUUCUAUCAAAGUUUCAACUCCUAAAAAAUUAAAUGUUAUGUUCUUACAGUUAAAAUGGAAAUAUAGUCCUCUAAAAGAGAAUCUACUUACUUUUAAUUUUGAAACACCUUAAAGAGUGUGUACUUGACAAAUUAUGUGUGCGUGUAUGAGAGAGAGAGAGGGAGAGAGAGAGAGAGAGGUGAGCAAUUUCAAAAAAGGGGGUUGUAUUAUUUUCAGUCAAAAAUUAUAAAAGUUGAUCAAAAGGCUCCUGAGGAAAAUGAAAUUGGAUUCAAGUUAAAAGAUAAAACAUUUAGUUCAAAGAUUUACAUGUUAUUCUAUCAAGAGAAGACAGAUUAAAUUCUCUGGGGGUUUUGUUCUCUGAUCCACAGAAUAGUUAAGGUAUAACUAAACAAUCUUCCAAAAUGAAGAGCCACUAACUCAUAAAUAGAACAAAUGGUGCAUUCCAUAGUCACCACUUACAAGUUCAAAAAGGUCUAGGUAAGUCUAAUAAAGACUCUCAAACGCCCUGUGUUUACUGUAUUUCACCUUAGGAUUUCUCCCAUGUGUUUUGAGCAUGAAGUACCACUUUUCCUACUUAAUUGUUAAUGUCUUCAAACACUAGAGUCUCAUGGAACCCCUGCGUGGUCAACUUUAGAGUGGUACCCCACUGAAAUGUUCUUAACCCAAUAUUUUUAGUAAGAGUAUAGUUAUAGUUAGAAUAACUGAUCAGACCAUGAUAGCAUAUCUACCAGAUUUUUCCCAAGUGAAUUGGCAACUUGCUGCAUAAAUUAAUAUACUAAAGGAUUUAUAAAAAAUUGAAUGAGCAUCUAAUUUCCCAUUUUCUCACUAUUAAUGCAAAUCAUAGGGACCUGGAAAGCUCUGUCAUUCCACUGACCAUAGCUCUGGGGCUUUCAUGUACAGUUUUACAAAAGGAUUGUGUGAGUUUUUCUUUAUGGUCAUUUCUCUGUUAGAACAAACAAGACCAGUAUUCUGGCCUACUCAUCCCUUUAGACACUUCCAUUUCUGAGUUCCUGCUUUAAUGUAUCCUAUGAAGAAACACAACUAUUUGGCCCAACAUUUUAUUCUUAGUUGAACAGUAGCCUGUGUGUUAUUAAGCAUUUUCAAAGAAGCACUUAGUCUUUCUAGCAUUAAAUAUAAGAAAAUUCCCUGGCCAAAGCCCUAAUAUUCUGAAUUGAUUCAUGGACCCAAAUGUUGGUAAAUAAGAUAACUUGACCAAACAAUAUGGGUUUGCUGUGAUGGUAAGCAAUCUCUACUUUGCAGAAAUCCUUGUAUUAUUUUCUUUUCCAGCCUCUUUUCAUUUCCAUAGCAUUUAUAAUCAUGUGCUUUUCAAGUGUUUUCAAAUUCUGAAAAUACAAUCCAGAAAUUGUUAAGCCUCAAAUGUUCAUAAGGGCAUUUAUUAAAACUCUGGGUUUGUUCAGCUUUCUCAGAAAUUUUGCUUAUCAACAACAGUUCUCUUAUAGUACAAAUGCAUUCAGAAUUUGUUCUUCUCUCCUUGUUCUGUCAGAGAACUUGCUCUCAGUUCACAUAGGAGUUCAAAGGUCACAAUCUUCUGUGACUCUUUCUUUUAAAAAAAAAUGUUAUUUAAAUCUCAUCUCACUGAAGCCUGACUUAUGUCACUUCCCAUUCCUCCAGUUGGAACAGAUAAUCUUUCUGGAUUAGAGGCACAAAAGAGAGGCUGUGAUCCUAGAGAAGGAAAAUUGCAUAGAGCUCCGUGUAAAUUAACUUUUACUUACAGGGUCUUCCUUCAUCUCUCUGUCAAAGCAUUUCUUUUAUCUUCAGGGGCUGUGCACAGAACUGUGAAACAACACAGAAUGUGUCUUGAGGCUCUGUAGAAAAGAAAAAAAUAGAUCAUUUUCAACUGAGAAGACUCAGACCUGACAGAAAAGACAUCAAGAAUUUAAAGGAAGGCUGGAGGGAGACACGGGGAUCUAUUUAAAUUCUAUUUCCUUUAUUGCUCAUUUUUAUCGUCCUCUCCAGCUGAAGAAGAAUUGGUGACUUGCUUCUUUUUUACCUUCCUUUGCUUCUCCCCUUCUCUCCUUGUCUGAGUCCUCGCUGUCUGUAGCCCACGUGGGAUUCCAAACGGAUUCUGUAGGAUGUGGACCAAUGUAAAACCCAAACCAAAACAGCAACAAUAGACCUUUGGGACCAAAGCCAUUCAUUCUACUUGGUAGUUAGGGUAAAGAUGUAUCAUUUUUAUCACUGAAACGAACAUUUCCUGGUACAAUAACACAUCAUAUGCCCAGUUUUUUCCAUUGACUUUCCUCUAUUCAGUCCCAUGGGUGCAGUACCCUUGAUAUUUUCUGAUGGAUUUUUGGAGUUAUUCUGGCUGUAUAGAAAAGAUUGGGAAAUAAAAUACCAUUUAACAUCUGCUUUUUUAAUUUUUUAAUUUGGCUAGGUGGCAGAAGGUGUUUUUUGGUACAUGAGCAUCACUUCAUUUGAAUUCCUCUCCCUUUCUACCCUCCAAAACCAUUCCUAUGCUAGUCUCCUCACAUGGGAGCCAGUGAAACUAUGAUUAUUGGGGGAAAGAAUGCUUCCCAGCACAGGCCAAGGAGAAGAGAGACGAGAGCUUCCUGGCUAAGCUGGGGCCUGGGUCCUAAAUCUAUUCCUACAAGGUUAGUUGAGAAGCUUUGCCAUAAGUCAACAAUUAAUGGCAGGUUUUCUAACAUGAACUUGGUUUGUCAAUUUAAAGAAUAGUAAAUGUAGCCGUGCAUUUCCUCCAGAGUGGGCAGGGAUCUGGAGGAUCCUAAUCUACACUCAGCUUCUCAACAGAUGGCCAUGAUGAAGCCCCGGUGACAGAAACAACCAAAACACCAAAGACGCGCUUAAAAUACGUGCAAAAAGGCUUAAAGCAUAAGGUGGGCAGACGCUUCUCAUUCCAAAUAUAGGAAUCUGAACAAGAUAAGUUCAUGUGAGUGCUAGACUGCUGUCCCUCAAUUUGCUUCAAUAUCCCUUCUCCCUCACCCCAAGCUUCCUGCAAGACAUCCUGAAUAGAAAGAAGGAGAGAGCAGGAUGUGCAGCGGAUUCCUCCUAGUGUUAGGUAAUAGAUCCCAACCCCCCUCCCCCCCAGGUCAGUACUGGAAGCUUCAGCCAGUAUCGAGUCCUAUGCAUAUUGUAUUUUACCCUGUGCACAGCUCACUAUUGGCAAGAUUUAAUUUAUAAAUUAGGCACAGUAGGAGCUUAACAGCACUAAUAAUAAGCUAGAACAACAAAUAUAUUUUAAUUUCCAGUUGGAAAUUGGCCACUGGUGGUAAAUCCACAGGCAGAGGAAGGCCUGGAUACUCUCCUAUGUUCCUGUCUCCUUUGCGGAGGCCACAAUUGAAAUGAUCGCUCCUUCUUCACUUCCCUGUUCCUCACUGCCACUUACACACAGCUGUCAUACCUCAUCAAUGAAGGCUCUCUCCAGAGAGAAGUCUUCUUUCAUUAGAACUCAGAAAUCCUUGUGUAAUUGUUAAACUGGAAAUUGCCUCAAAAGAAAAAAGAGGGAAGGAACAGGAAGCCUCCAGUUUUUCUCAGACAACACUUUAGAAGUUAAGGCUUCUCAUUCACAUAAUCAUAAUCUGACAGCAAUCUAGAGGUUGAAUUAUUCUUUUUUUCUCUCUCUUUCUCCUAGAAGCAGGUAGGCUGAUAUAAAGCCAACUUUAAACAGAAAAAAUUUAUUUAUAGCCUUAGCAGAAAGAAACGAGCUGGUAUAAUCAAGAGAACACUUACCAUUUUUAAGAAAGGCUCUACCUGUAAUAUACUAAAAAGCUUUAGAAAAGGAACAAAACUGUGACUGUGUUCUUUAAAUCAGUUAACUAUAUUUUAAUUUCAAUACCAUUCAGAAGGUAACUGCCCAUGCUGAAACUGGAUCUAAGAAUUUUGUUCCUGAUCUAGAAGGGUGCAAGGGAGUAGACAUUGGCUGCAUGCUAGCUCCCUUCAUUGUGCCGCACACCUCCCAUUCUAAAUUGCUUUAACGUCCUUAUUCUACACUGCAAAGUAAUUGACAGAAUCUACAAAAGGUGUGAUCAAGAAAUAACAAUGAAAUGGCAGAUUUAACAUAGUCAUGAAUUUUUUCCCAUUCCUUCCAGCAGUAUGUCUGCCCACACCCUCACCUGUGUACAUAUCCAUGUGAUAAGACGAGUGAAACUGAGUCAUGAGCAAAAUGCAGACUGUGUUAUGGAUAUUUGAAAGGAAACACCCUCUUUUCUUCCCUGGCUAUAAAAUCAGGUACUUUGUGCCUAGCUGGGCCAUUUAGUGCACAAUAUACUUGUCUUUACAUGUUGUAGAGUAUGAAAAGUCCCACACACAAACAAUGGCAAAGCUAUUGUUUAUAUAUACAUAUAUAAAUAUGUGGGGUGGAUGGCUUGUGGUUUUUUUAAGUAAUUAAAAUGUAAUUGUUUUAAAAGUUGGCAAACUUGAACAAGAGAGAUAAAAAUGAAACAAAUUUUAUGUCUAUACUUCGCUUUUUUUUUAAAAAAUCAAAAUCCCACAUAAGGACUUCACCGUACUGGACAUUACUAACCAGAAGCCUAACAAAUCUUUUCUUCAGAUGCCUGAAAGCCUGUUUUUGUUCUUAAAGGAAAUUAGUGCUAAAGACAAAAGGAUCUUGAUUUAGAUUUAUGUCUUGCUGUCUGUUUUUACUGGGUAUUAUCAUGGGCAUGUGGGUUUUUUUUUUUAACAUGUAUAAACAAGUCAACGUAUCAACAUGAAAUGUUAGAAAACAUGUUCUGUUUCCUGAUGAAAAGGGCUUAAGCAUCUAAUAUCUCAGUUAAAUAUGUGGUAGUAUUAUUUUUAAAAUGGAAUGUAUAAUUUUUAAAAAAAAGCAAUUUGAGUCAUAUGGGAAAUAUCUCAUUAUUGAGAAAGGUGGGUUAUAGGAAAUCCACAAGCAACUUAAGGCUGUUGGAAACAUUACCACCAGACAGAGGACUGUGUUCGACUGUGUUCAAUCGAUGCAUAUCUGAUUGAAUCCAGUUCUGAUGCUGGAAUGAGUAGAGAUCUCAGAGAGGCCAGGCUGUCAGGUUUUCUAGUCUUAAAUACUACUAAGGGGUCAUAGAUUAACCUGCUGGACACUGAAAUCUACAUAUGAUCAGCCAUAACUGUAAAGAUAUUCUACUUUAGUAAGGACAAGUCCUGCAUUGUUUGUAAAGUUGUCAAAAUCAUUUGACGUUUAAGCAUCCACCAAGCCAUACACACAACAGCAUCACGUUUUUCCUAAGCCUUUGCUCAGCUGGAUUUUCAUAAUGCAAGAUAUAGUGUAAAGUAAAAAUGUGCAAAGUAACGAAGAAGACUCUGGUCUGUAAACGUAUUGCUAAUGGGGAAAAGAGAAUUUCGUCUGAUGUUGAGGAAAGAAUGAACUGAAAAUUCUUCCUGCACAAUCUUACUGACAAAAGUAAGUCCUUCUGUUGUAUACCUCAGGAAUAGAUUUUGGGAGGUAAGCUCAGGCAGCUGUCAUGUUAUGGCAUCGUGUUUACCCUGUGUAGCUCAUUUUAUAACUUCUAAGAAAGUGGGUAGGGGUAGCAAAAGAAGGAGAGAACUCAAGAAUAGUACCUGAAUAUUCUAUUGAUGGAAGACAAAAGAGGUUGGGACUCAAUGCCAGGCCACUAUUAAUACACAAAUUCUGUGACUGCUGGAGAAAGACAAAUAAUAGUUUGCUAUUUUUUAAUUUCAAAAUGGAGAUCUUGCCGUGGGAUUUCCUUGUCCUUGAAGAAUUUUUCCCAGGACAGCCAGAGCUGGCCAGACAGUAGUCACAGCUAUCAGAAAGUCAUUUUGUACAAUGAAAACAAAGACCUCUCUUCCCACAGCAUGGUAUAAGAUGUACUGCCUACUAAUCUCUACCAAUACCACAAACUGGCUUGUCCAGGGAACACCAUCAGGUUAACAAUGGACCCACUACUUUUGAGCUUGCUCCUAGGCAUUGAGAAAGAUAAGAUACCGUGAAACCAAAUUAUUAAAUGCAUACCAAGCAGAUUUUGAAUGCAGUUCCCUGGCUUCUAACCCCAUACUUCUCAAGACUCUUUGGUUGUGUACUAUGUCAUGAACUAGAAGGUCAUCGUAUGUUUGUGUUUCUGUUUUCAUUGUUUCUACUUUCUCAUUCCCACUCAUGAGUAUACUGCUCCAACUGUUCUUGUUAUUUCUGUGUCAUGAUAUAGUUAAAAUAAAAAUUAUGGGUUCCUAUUUCCUUUAAAGUGGAUAAGCCUAUUACAAGACCUUAUAUUCUUUUCUUAAUUAUUCAUUGUCAGAACCAAAACAAAACACAUGAAGAUGAAAGUGUAACAAAGCCAAGAUAAGGAAACAGUGGCGAAUCUGAGGACAAAUUCACUGAACAGUUCUACUACUGGAGAAAAUCUGAAAACUCUAGCUUCAAGGGCUUGUCACUAGGUGCCUUUCAUCAAUUCAUAGAAAUAACUCAGUGCAAAAAUUAUAAACCUUUGUCAAAAAACUUGGAUUGGUAAGGAAGUCCCUUAUUACAGCUAAUACAGCCCUUGUUUCAUUCCACAGUACUCUGUACUGAGUAAAUCAGAACAUGUUAAUAAAUUUCUAUAAAUAUAACAUGAAUUUUAAUGUCAGUUAACACCACACACACACACACACACACACACACACACACACACACACACACACACACACACACCAAUAUUACUAACUGCCAUUUCACCAAAAGAUAAGGAAAAAGAAAUGAUAAUUGGGAGGUUAUGUCCUACCUGAAGAUUGUCAUUAUCCUAUUUGAGCACCAAUAAAGAAAAUUAAGAUGAGACUCUUCCAGAAGUCACAGACUGAAAUUUUAACCACAUGCCACUAGAUAGGGCAUGUGUGUGAUGGAAAGACUGUAAAUCUUACAUACGACUGCAAAAUAGGUAUUUAUUGUCACAUUAGGAGACAAAUCUGUUUACCAGCUAUCCCUCUAAGGCAGAAGUAACAUUUACGUGAACUUUUUCUAACUGCAGCCUCACUGGGCAUAUUACUCCUUAGCACGAGAGAUGGAGAUGCUGGUACUGAAGUACAGAGGCAGUUCACUGUUUCUAACCGGCUCCUUUAGCCAUGGGCUAUUAGCUGCAUGUACAAAAGACUAAUAGUUCACAUCUGUUUUACACAUACAUAGCUCCCAUGAAAAUUAAAUACUUCUUUAAACACAUACAUGGAGGGGGAAUGGAGAAGGAGAUGGAGAAGGGGAGAGAAAAAGAGGGGGUGGGGAGAGAAUACACUAUGGCAGAUUUCCUUAAGCCCCCCACUGUAUCAGUUGAAACACCCUACUGGGAAUUAACUCAUUGAUCAUAGAACAGACAUGUAAUGCAAAGAGAUUACCGGGUCGGCUCCACCACCUUGGUUUAUACGAGCCCAUUCAUUUUAGCAACACCCGGAGAGUCCAGUUGCCCAGGCUUCAGUGGCCUCAAGAGUCCUCCCUGGCACUGAUCUAAGAAGUGGCUGAUAUUAUUCAGGACUAGAGUCAGUAUAAAGCACAUUCUGCCCAUUUCAUUCUGAAAUGGGUAAAUGGGUUCACAGAAAUGGAAAAUAACUGGAAACCGUCUCCUGGCUGGUAAGGAGAGAUAACAGUAGCUCACUGUUUAGUUCAGUGUCUUCUCCAAACAGCACUUGUUGUAAACUGGGAGGCACAAACCUUUCCACAUAUGGCAGCAAGUGAAUAAGCAGAUGAAGGAGAGUUGAACCCUGGAAGAAGAUCAGUAGUGUUUGUGAAUGCCACACUGCCUCUAACAGCAGCCUUCAUGGUUUGGGUUCCAAACCAUAAGCAGACACAUUCUGUAUUUUAAAAAAAACACUGUAAGUGUUUUUAUAUUUAUUUAAUUUCAAAUGCUGCCAAUACUAGCUCAAAUCACCACAGAAAAUUCAGGAAACUGCUUAAUUCCUUCUCAUCUUUGAUGAGAAAUUACUAAUCAGAUUUAUCCAGCUUCUGUUUUAAGAAAUGGAGAAAAUUUAAUUUCACACUGUCCAGCAGAAUCUCCUCACUCAUGUAGUAUCUACUGAGUAUCCAUAAUGAAAAUAACUUAGCUAAACAUCAUUGAAUAAAGUCAUCAUCAAACUGUGUUUCAAGUGUAAAUACAUCAACUCCUUCGGCUUCCAUACUGCCCACGCCUGUUUCUCAUUCCAGCAUCCAAACUAUUUGGUUUGUAGAUGGGCCUUAGUGUCCACCUGGCCAGGCAUGAGUCUGGCAAUAAGGAUCAACCUGCUUUAAAGACCCAUUCUCAGGGAGUCAGAAUAGUGAAGUAUUUAAAAGACAUGGGUCUAGAGUGAGAGUCCUCAAGCCUCUGGCUCUGGAUUCAUUUUUCUUUGUGGGCAAAAUACUGAAUAUCUCUGCAUCCCCGUCUUAAAUGAGUCUACCACUACCUACCUCACAAGGGUGCUGUGAGGCUACUGUGAACAGCAUGCAGGAUGCUGUGUGCAAUGGCAGACCUGUUACAGAGGUGCUAUGGGAUUUAGACCAGGACAGAUCAGUGAGUAUCCCCUCCCCUACCCCCUGGGAGUCCCAGGUCUGUGAGGAUAUCUCUCUAGCCACACUCUGUGGCUCGGUUUAUGGUUUAUCUUAAACAUCACUGACUCUUGCAAAAAAAAAAAAAUCAUUUUAAAAAUCCUCUUUUCUCCUUAAGAGAUACUGGCUUGGAAAUGUUAUUAAUUUUAAACAAGAAGAACAGAAGUGAUUCACUCCCAGGUGCUGGGAAUGGGGAAGCAGGUAUUCAGCUCAACAUGAAAUAGGAGUUUGAAUAGGUAUCUUCAAGGGGACACAUUUUUGGGAGAAAUUUUUGCCUAGGGCUUUCUGUGGUUUUCAGUCUGACUCCCCAGCUUUCUGUUUUGACACACACCCCUUUUCCCUCUAAUUGGAAAGGAAGCCGCAAUCCUCAUUUCAUGAUGAUUCUUUGCAGUCCGUCUUGAUCAAAGGACGAAUUCUUUUCAAUAACUGUUGUAAUUAUUUUCUUAGAGGACCAUAUUUUAAAUGCCACAUUGUAUCUAGCUAAGCCCUAUUGUCUUGGUGUCCUUCAAAAUUGUCAGUUUCUUUAAAAUACAGGGGUGGGAGAGGGAUCUGAUAAGUACAUGUUGUUGUAAUUGAUUUAUAUGUUUGAAUUGUCUUAUCAGAAAACAAAGUUAUGAAUUUCAUCUGUUGAAACAAAAAUAAAAUACUUUCCUAAAAAUGUA